AUGAGACUUCCGCUUGUUAGCUCGACAGUCGCUCUUCUUUCCAGCGCCAGCUUAGUGGCAGCGCAGACAUACACCAAUUGUAACCCACUGAAGAAAUCAUGUCCUGCGGAUCCCGCACUGGGCAAAUCUGCGAGCUAUGACUUCACUCAAGGCAGUUCGUCCGACUUUACUGCAACCGGUAGCCCGACCUAUGGUGACAAUGGUGCCGAGUUCACCGUAGCUCAACAGGGAGAUGCGCCAUUGAUCCAGUCCAACUGGUACAUCAUGUUUGGGCACGUGGAAUACGUGAUCAAGGCUGCCCCUGGAACGGGCAUUGUCAGCAGUGCCGUUUUGCAGUCCGAUGACCUGGAUGAGAUCGACUGGGAAUGGCUUGGAGGGAACGACCAGCUUGUGCAAACCAACUACUUCGGAAAAGGAGAUACAAGUAGCUACAAUCGUGGAGCUACCCAUAAUGAUCCUGGGAACCACGACGACUUUCACACCUAUACUGUGGACUGGACGAGCAAGCAAAUCGUCUGGCAGAUCGAUGGCACAACGGUCAGAGUGCUUACGCCGGAUACUGCCGACACGAACCAGUACCCCCAAACCCCCAUGGUUGUCAAAGUAGGAGUCUGGGCUGGAGGCGAUCCCAGUAACCCUCAAGGUACAAUCGAUUGGGCUGGAGGCACGACCGAUUACAGCGCCGGACCCUACACAAUGUACUUGAAGUCCCUCAAAGUGACGGACUAUUCGACUGGCUCGUCAUACUCAUAUGGUGAUGAGAGUGGGGACUGGACGUCAAUCACUGCCAACGGAGGCCAGGUUAAUGGAAACAUUGGGGCCGAUACAAUGACCUCAAUUGAGUCAGCACCCACUGUGACGUCGACAGUUGCCAGUAUCCCUAUCCCUUGGAGCGGCACUCAUCGUGAAACAUCCAGCUUUGUGACUCCAGAUGUCUGGCCUUGGGUUGCGACAGCAACAUCGACAUCGCUGCCUUCUGGCUGGACAUAUUCUGGUUCUAGACAAAUCCAGCCGCCUAGCGCGGCUUCUUCUUCCUCCCAGUGUAUAUCAGCCUCCUCGCAAUCUCGGCCGGCUUCAUUCUCCCCCUCCGUCUCUAAAUCCCGCUCAAGAACUCCAAGUUUGACUGCUUCCUCGACGACUGCUGCUGGACAAACUAGUUCCGCCACUCAUGCGGGUAGCUCCACCACGACCAGACAUCUCUCUCCUACUUCAACCAAUCACGCAGCCCCAAAUGUGAAUGCUGCGGGAAGACCAAAUAGGAUUCACAUUGGCAUGCAUGUGAUAUGUGUGCUUAUUAGCACAGUGAUCAUGCUCUGA